CCGCAGUGUCCGCAGUGUCCACAUCGAGCACCGGCUGUCACUCAACCCAUGCACCCGACUAACGGUUCCGAGUAUUCAUUGCUGUCGACGCUUCCAGUGGUGUCUUCGGGUGCGCACCGGUCGGUGGUGGCGAGUGAUCGGAGCGCACGAGGAGACCAGUUGUCUGACGUGAUGGUGACAUCGUUGGCGCGACAGAUGUCUCGUCCGGAGCACCACUUGAAUGCCCUGUCGUGGAGACGCCUGCAUUUGGCCAGAGCUAAGCUGAAGGCCAGUUCCCGCACAUCCGCUCUCUUGUCCGGCUUCGCGAUGAUAGCGAUGGUGGAGAUGCAGGUCAAUGUGAAGGACAGUGAGAGUCCGGUGCCGCUCGAGUUGUUGGUGGCGUUUGCUGUGUGCACCACACUCUUGGUGUCCGUCCACAUGUUGGCGCUUAUGAUCUCCACAUGUAUUCUGCCGAAUGUGGAGGCAGUCGCCUCUAUUCACGGGUUGGCAGCGGUGAAUGAGUCUCCGCACGAAAGGAUGCAUUUAUAUAUAGAGAUUGCGUGGGCUUUCAGCACAGUGUUUGGUAUAUUCCUGUUCCUCAUCGAACUGGCCAUCCUUUUUUACGUCAAGUUCUGGGAGAUGGGCUCAAAGGGUCGGGUGGCAGCCCUGUCCGCUAUUAUCAUAUUAAUACCCGUCGGCGUCAUAUUUAUUGGUUUUGCCGCUCAUUUCUAUCGGACAUUAGUGUCCCAUAAGUUCGAGCGCUCCGAACGUGGCCUUCAAGAGCUCGAGACUAUGAUCUCUCGACUGCAUAAUGAGGAUCAGUCCAAUCAGUCCAAUACAACAACUACUGGCCCUCAGUCUCUAUUACAUAACACUAAUCUCAUACCGGUGAACGACGUUUCGUUUGGAUAUAAAACACAAUCCAUUUUAAGCCAUAUUUACGCCCGAAUUCCCGAACACAAGAUCUAUGGUCUGUUGGGUCCGAGUGGUGCCGGAAAGACCACUCUAUUGCGGCUAAUUUUAGGCAGAAUUAAGCCCAACAGCGGCUCCAUUACAGUACUGGACAGUCAGCCGGGAGUUAACAAUCCGAUCACUGGUUAUAUGCCUCAGGACACAGCCCUUUGUUUAAAGGGUUUGUUGUCAUCAAUACUACAACUACCAGAAGACCAUCAAAUGAUUGGUGAGUUGUCGGGCGGACAGCAGAAGCGGGUGUCACUGGCGUUGGCUUUCCUAAACAGUCCCAAACUGGUCAUUCUGGACGAGCCCACUGUGGGCACAGACCCUCUGUUGGGGAACAGUAUAUGGAAUUAUUUGCACAGUUGUUGUGCCGAAGGGGUCAGUAUCGUAAUCGUCACCCACUAUAUAGAAGAGGCUGCUUUGGCACAUAUGGUCGGCAUCAUGAGGAACGGUACGCUUAUGGAAGAAGGCAUUCCCAACGAUUUGCUGCUUAAGUAUAGAGAAGCUAAUUUGGAAAAUAAUUUCAGCAAAUUCUUACAGUUUAACGUGUCGUUCCUUAUAUUCCUGAUACCCGCCUUUCAGGCACUCAUCCUAUGUGUGCUCUACGAUAGGGAUUCAAUACCAAUCAAAGCGGCCGUAUAUAAUGAGGAGGAGACGCCCUAUUAUAGCAGUCGACUGUUGAAUUCAAUCAAACAGGUGGACGCCUAUUAUGUACAGCCUAUUAACUUUACAUCUCUGGCCUCAGCUAUUGAUUCUGUGGACAAGGGCUACGUUACGGCUGCUCUUUGGUUUGAAAAGGAUUAUACCAAUGCUUUGGACGCCAGGAUAGCCGCCGCACAGGACCCUGAUAUCGAUAACGAGACAUUGUCUCAAAGUUCUUUACACUUAUGGUUAGAUAACACCAACUUUUUGUAUGCCAAUGGCUUAAUAGACUCAUUGCGGCUAACAUUAUAUGAACUGAUGGGAGAUAUUUAUAUGGAAAAGAAUUUGAGUCGAAUUGAAGCCCCCCUUCAAGUGGUUGAGACUAUUUAUGCCGAAAACUCCAAAUUAUCCGAUUUCUUACUUCCCGGUUAUCUCAUAUCAUUCAUGUACUUAUCGCAGGUUUCGCUGUCUUCACAACUUCUGAUUCAAGAGCGCAAAGACGGUCUCUUUGAACGCUCAUUAGUGGCCGGUGUUGGCCAUCAGUUGGUCUUUAUAUCACACUUUGUCACCAAUUUGAUGGCACAGGCGGCUAAUGCCAUAGCUAUCGGUAUGUAUGGCAAAAGGCACCGGGAAUGGUUGGCCUGCUUACUAAUCUCGUCAAUAGUGGACGAGGGCUUUGUGGCGGUCCUCAUAUCCAUUUUCAUCACAUUCAGCCAACUCUUCACAUCGGGGGCUAUAUUUCCCUUUGAAUUAGUUGAGCCCAACUUAAGACAAAUCCUAUACUAUAGUCCUAUAGCGAUGCCAACCGAGUCCUUAAGGAAUGUUAUGCUUCGGGGUUGGAAUCUAUACCAUCAAUACGUGUUUCAUGGCUUUGUGCUGAAUGUGGGCACCGCAAAUUGGGUGGUAUUGCAUAAGUUGCGGCCAAACUUUGUGGCGAACAUCAAACUGGUCUGUAUUUUCGGAGAGUCGGGAAAUGAGGUGAUCAUUGUGUCCAAAGACGACAACGUGUAUGCCUUCGGCAACAAUAAGUACGGGUGUCUGGGUUUGGGUCACAACAAUCCCAUACAGGAGCCCACGAGACUCGAAGAGUUGUGUUACAAAGAGAUCGCAAGUAUUGCUUAUUGCGGUUAUUAUGUGAUCGCAUUCACUGCCAACGGAGACAUCUACUCGUGGGGGUACAACAACAACGGCGAACUGGGCAUCGGCACCACCACCAACAGCAACCGGCCCAACACCAUCGAUGCACUCAUCGGCAAACGUAUUGUCGACAUCAGCUGUGGGUACGACCACUCGCUCGCACUCACCGCCACCGGAGAGGUGUACUCCUGGGGCGACAACAGCUACGGCCAGAUCGGCAACGGAAACAAUUUUGACAUUCAAUCCACACCUCAUAAGGUAAAGGGCAUUGACAACGAGAAUGUGGUGCAGAUUUCAUGCGGUUAUUACCACUCUAUGGCACUCACCAAAGAGGGACAUGUGUUUGGAUGGGGCUAUAACAGUGAAGGCGAAUUGGGUCUGGGCAAUGAUAUCAGUCAAAUGGUUCCCAUAAAAAUUAAUAUAAUGAAUGGAGUUAUCAUAAAGAGAGUCAUUUGUGGUCAAUAUCACAGUUUAUUGCUGUCGACCGAUGGAGACAUAUAUGCGUUUGGGUGCAACCAAUUCGGACAAAUAGGAAACGGCAACAAAAUGAACCAGAACCUGCCCUUUAAGAUCAUAACUGGUAAUAAGUUCUCAGAUAUUGGUUCUCAUCCAUUGAGUAGUAUAUCAGUGGCUGUGAGUCAGACCACUGGGAACUGUAUGGUUUGGGGUGAAUGCGAUACAGAAGUGAUCACAACUCCCAGAGAAACACCACUCGAGUCAAUGCACGACAUCUUCUCGUUUUACUCCAAACGUAAGAUUACUUACAAACCCAUCCAUAUUGACGACAGACCUUCUGUUAACCCACUGGUCGACUGCAUGCGGAGGGCCUUCAAUGAGACCGAGUUAAGCGAUUUCAGAUUCAAAAUCGACAAUAAGUUCAUAUACGCGCACAAAGCCAUUCUGCGGAUCCGUUGUGAGCACUUCCGGUCCAUGUUUUCCGAGCACUGGUCUGAAUCAGAGACAUCUGAAAUAGAGAUCAAUAUAUACUCGUAUAACGUCUACUAUUCAUUCAUUAAAUACAUUUACACCAAUUGUGUGGACAUCCGUCUGGAGGACGCCAUUGAACUCUACGAUUUGGCCAAUUCUUACUGCGAGGACGACCUCAGAGACAAAUGCUUUCUAAUUAUCAAAAAUCACAUAUCAGUGCAAAACGCGUUCGCAUUGUACUCAUCGGCAGUAAAAUACAAUUCACAAGAAUUGGAGAACUUUUGUCUCAAGUUUGCGGCAAAUAAUUUGAAUGACGUCUGCCUGACGGCCGGCUUUGAUGACAUACAACCGGAACUCUGCAAACGUUUUAUGAAAACUUCGGCCAAAUUAAGAGCUUUUAAAUAAUCGUAAUAAUAAUUAUGCAAAG